UUUCUCUUCUCUAAUAAUUUUAGUUGUUUAUUUCGCGUUUGUUUACAACAUUUCCUGCCCUGCAAUUGAGUCAAAGGGCUACGUCAUCUCACGAUGAAUACGUCAGUGGACAAGAAAUUGCUGGGAUUCCGUCAGAUUGCCAUUGAGAAGCUGCAACACAUCCUCUUCCAAAUUCCGGGAAGUCGCAAAGAUUUGGUGAUUGAGGGAUGCCUGAUAAAGCCCCUGGAGCACAUCUGUGGCGUGUCGUGGCUGAGAGCAAAGGGCAUUGAGAAGAUCUUCAAGUUUGAGCAAACAAUCUCCCCGCCAGUCGGGGGGAAAGUCUUUAUCUACUUCAUCUCGGCGAAUUUGCUGAUUUUCAAGCAAAUCCUCGAUCAGAUCCACAGUUUUGGGGCAACUGGGGCUGGUCCACGGGAUGGGGAUGUUCAAUUCCACGUCAUUGUGCUGCCAAACUUGCUGCACAGUCAGGAGGAGCUGCUCGAGCAGGAAGGGCUCUGUGGCUUUGUGCAGCUUCAUCGGUUCAAUUGGGACUUUAUCAGCUUGGACAGUGGAGUGCUAAGCCUGGAGAUUCCCGAUGUAUUCAGGGAUGUCUUCAUCAGGCACGAUACAACGUCCCUCCUUAGUAUUUCCCAGAGUAUUCGCCUCUUCCGGAUGGUCUGUGGGCAGCAGAAAAUCCUCCUGACUUAUGGGAGUAAUUCCGAGAAGAUUGCCCAAAUGGUCAGGAGAAUUGAGGAGCACCGGCCUUCCAGUCGCGAUGAAGGUACAACGGAUUUUGCAGCUGCCUUCAUUGUUGAUCGUUCAAAGGAUUUUGCUUCCUGUCUCCUGACCCCCGUGACGUAUUCUGGGCUUCUCCUUGAGAUCCAUCAAGCAAAAUCCGGGAGUUUGAUCGUCGAAGCAAAGGGCAGUAAGAUAAGGAACGGGAAGUUCUCUCUCCUGGAGGAAGAUCCUCCAGCUGCGGAUGCUAAAGCAACAAAUCUUCGAAUGAAUUCCUCCCUGGAUGGGAUAUUUGCUGAGAACAAGUAUCGUCACUUCUCUGAAGUCAUUACCCUUCUCAGUGCCCAGGCAAAGGCUCUGGGAAUGGAAGGACAAUUCUCACGGGAUAUGAAGAUUCACGAGAUGAAGCAGUACGUGACGGAGAAGCUGCCCAGAGUGGCUGCAGCGAAGAAGGAACUCUUCAAGCAUCUCACGCUCUGUGAGACAAUCAUGAAGGAUGUGGGAUCGGAUUUUGAGCAACUUCAGGAUCUUCAGGAUGCCCUGAUCUACGGAAGGAAUCGCCGACAGGCUGUGAGCCAAAUUGAGGACAACCUCGCCACGGAUGCCCACAAAUUCAACACUCUCCGCCUCAUCUGUCUCCUUCACCUGACCAGCAAUCUCUCCACCGAGGAAGCCACGCAGUUCAUAACAAACUACUGCAAUGUCUUCGGGCACAGGCACCUCACGGUCUUCCACAAUUUGUCGCAGUGUGGCCUCUUCCCGGAAAUCUCCCCCGAGAGCUCCUCCCUGACUGCACGAAGCAAACUUCUCUCAAACAUUCCACUCUCCAAGAAGCCCCAAAAUGCUCUCUUCUCCGACGCCGCCAAGAUGAAGCUCCUCCCCGAGAUGGAAGCUUCCGGGAAUCCCCGCGAAGGGCCCACUUGCCCCAGCUACGUCUUCAACGGCACCUACAUCCCCCUCGUGGCUCAAGUUGCUUCCAUUCUCCUCAAAGCCGAAUCCUUUGAGGAUGUCGCCCUUAAAUUGGGCCAGUGCGAUGGGUUGGGAGUGUCUGUGGGGAAAGCAGAUCAAGUGAUGAGUAUCAGGGAGGCACAGAGUGUCAUUAAGCGCAGUGAAGUGAGUGAUCCCUUCCCCCUGAGACCCAGAACUGUGUUUAUCUUUGUGCUCGGUGGAGUGACCUACGCGGAGAUCGCGGCGUGUCAUCUCGUGGAGAAGCUCACAGGAAGCAAAAUUGUCCUGGCAUCGAAUACCAUCGUGUCCGGAAGUGAGAUCAUUGGUCAGGCUUUCUGAAGUAUUUAAUUUGGUGAGUUGAUUUUUUUUUAAAUUUUUUUAUGAUUUUAUUUGUCAUGGCUUGAUCUUGGAUUUUCAUGUACGUAUUGUUAACCCUUUGAGGGCCAAUUAGGUAGGGAUAUCUCAGAAUAUUUUUUUGUAAUUUUUUUUCGAAAACUGUUUGGUUGGAAAAAUGAUUUUUCUGGAGAAUAUUAGAGAAAAUGAAAAUUCUUCUGGUUUUCAACGUCUUCUGUACGCCAUUUUGAAUUAUUUUUCUUGAAA